GAAGUCCCGAACCACCCCGUACCACCCGGCCGGGAACGGCCAAUGUGAGCGAUUUAACCGCACUCUACACAACCUCCUGCGUACCCUACCGGCCUCUCGGAAGCGCGACUGGGCAACUUGCCUGCCGCACGUAACCUUCUGUUAUAAUACCACCCCGCAUCAAGCGACAGGAGAAUCGCCACACUUCCUUAUGUUCGGCCAAGAGCCACAGCUACCCGUAGACUUCCUCCUGGGCCGAGUUCGGCCACCGGUCCAUGGUCGAGUGUGUGACUGGAUGCAGGAGCAUCAGGCCCGGCUUCAAGUGGCAUUUGAUGGGGCUCGGGAGCGUUUGGCCGCAGCGGCGGAAUAUCGCAAGGACAGACACGAUGCACGGGUGAAGACUGCUGUUUUAGAAGUAGGGCAACGGGUAUAUGUACGCAACCUCGGCGUGCGAGGUCGAAAUAAAAUCCAAGAUGUGUGGAACUCUCAGGUACACAUGGUGGUGCGUACCCCUUCGGAGACCGGAGCCGUGUACACGAUCGCCCCCGUCAACGAUCCAACGAAGCUGAAGCACGUUCACCGCAGCAUGCUGAAAGGAGUGGUGGGCCCCCUGGCCCCCGACACCCCCUCGGGGUCGGGCCGACCAGGCGAACCUACCCCUGUCGACUCAGGGGAGCUAUCGAGCGAAGAAGAUAUCCUUCUUGGGGAGCAGGUGGGCGAUGCUGGCUUGGGUGUCCCAGCAGAGCCCCAUGCACCCCAGGGUGGCACCUCAGGAGGAAACGAAGGGCAGCGUCGGACUUCGCAGGCUUCCCCCAGCAGUUCGGCCGCUCAGCUACCCGGUCGUGGCACUAGCAGCAGCGAGGUGCCCCCACGCCGGACUUUCCGGUCUAACGCGGGACAACACUCUAAUCCCCAUCGGCUGCCUGGUGGGGCGACUUCAAACUCUUGAUGGAAUUUUGGAUCUGGGAGUGGGGGGGAAAGCGUACCUGCAUCGUCGGGCCGACGAUUCAACAUGUGGGGGGUAGAUUGUAGUGGAGCGCUGCUCCUUUAAGGGAAAGUCUGACGCUGCGGCACACGUCACCACGCCGCUCGUAGAGGCUUAUGGGAAGUCUCUUCAUAAACACUGCCAGUGGCUAGUAUUCGGUAAGCCUGCAAAGUCCCCCUUUGCGCGUUUCAUCGCCACCGGCGAAUGCUGUGGUUGCUUCUCCCCUCGCCGUCGAGAGGAGUGCGGUGUCCAGUUCAGAUCUAGGAGAUGUGGACCAUUUCUUGUCCUCGUGAGUAUGUGGACCAUUUCUUGUCGCUGUUUAUGUGCUAGCCAGCAGCUAGUGGCUAACUUCGCGUCUGCUGUUCUAUAGGUUGUGAUUCCAACUUGGCGUCUCUUACUUGGCUAGAGUGAUCUCUUGCUUCUCCACUGGCAAGGACUUCGGUGGACAAUACCAACGGUUACCUUGCGCUUUUCCCGUCUCCUGCACGCCGGUAUGUAUUAUAGUGGGUUAGCUUGUGCCUUUACCCAGCCCUGACUGUUUGUUUUCGUACCAUGGUUGCUAACGACGGCCAUUAUUAUGGUUUCAGCGUGUGGUCGCUACCGGCGCCUCGGCCGUGUACCUCUGUAUUGGCACUCCGACUGUGAGAAUCGCGCAUCGGUGCACCCUCAUCUCCGGGUUGUAUCCGUGUGGCCGUGGUCAGACACACCACGCGUUUAGGUGCACGAGCGGCGACUUUUAGCCCCGGUUGUGUGGUGCCUCUGGAAGCCGGGAACCCGUAUCUCGGCUGCUGCUCCGGCCUCGGGAAAUUGGACAUUUGUGUGUGUGUGGCG